AAACAAUUGAAAGAAAGAAAGAGACCACUCAAUUGAACCAAAAAUCAAAAGUGAAUCUAUUUCUUCUCACUUUUCCUUUCCUCGUUGAAAUUCUAACCGAUCAUCGAAAAACUUGUUCCGGUGCCGGAAUUUUGCAGAGAAGCCCCUCAUAUUUCUCUUAAUUUGCUUUAAAGACACAAAAGGCGGUUUUGGGUUUCGUCAUUUCAUGGAGUCCGGGAGGAGAAUAGGGAAGCGCAGCUUGCCUUUUCUUAUACUCCGUUGGUCCCUGGCUGUCCUUUUCCCUAUAGUUUCUUUCUUAGUAUUAUCAUUCUUAGUUGGCCUCCUCGCUGUUUUUCUCAUCGAUUCACCAGUCACCGGCCCGAUCUCGGUGCCUUCUCAGUGCAAGAUUGUCUCCAGUAGUGUGGAUCUCAGAUCAUCCAAGGUCUGCGAACUUGGACUGUCUAACUACAAAGCCAAGCACGUGUUUUAUCCUUUUGAGAAAAGUAAAUUUCGUUGUCGUUAUGAUUAUUAUUGGGCGUCAAUAUUUAAGGUGGAAUAUAGAGAUCUGUCUUCAGGUAUCACUCGACUGACAUUUGCAGAAGCUCCAAAUGAGGCCCUUCCUUUAAACUGCAGACCUAAUUUUGGGGCUGCAUUGUUGAAUAAAGAUAAAUUUAAGGCGAAUGAAACUUAUGACUGUUGGUACACUUAUGGAAUUUCCAAAGUAAGCUUACACGGUGAUGGUUUUUUCAGUUGCCAAGCAAAAGAUCCAUCUACUUUUGAGAUGAUUAAGAGAUAUGUCCUUUUAUCAAUGAAGAUUUUACAGUCUUGGGUUCUAAGCAAAGACAAAUCCAAGUAUUGGAGGUGGGAGAUGGUAGCGGGAGUUAUUACUGGUUUUUCAACUUCCUUGAUCUCAAUCAGCUUUGUUAUGCUCCUGCAGCGAAUUAAAUAUUCAUUACCGGGAUUCACUGCUGUAAGAAAUGUUCUAAGGGAUCUUCUUAGAAUCCCUUUUAGCCGCACUUAAUUCCUUAUCGCAUACUUCUCUACUGUGGGUUGGUUGGCUCUUCAAUAUGGGAGAAGACUUGGUCUCUUACAAAUUUUCACAGCUUUUAGCAAUUAGGUUGGACUCUUUUUUUUAUUUUUAUUUUUUUAUUUUUUGUGAAGUGCCCUUUUCUUAUUGCCCUUACAUUUUUUAAUCUGUCCACUGCAAUUUCCGAAUUACGUAACCACAUGUAUACUUCCUUGUAUAAUUAUAUAAAAAUGUAGUAGAUGUAUUUGAUGAUGAUGUAGAGCAGAUGAUAUGUACUGGGAUUGGGAGCUCUGUCCCAAAUAUAUGAAAGUCUUGUGGUCUUAUCUUA